CUUAAUAUUGCCGGACUACCGCAUCAGCCGCAAAAACGUUCGUAGUCACGUGGUUUGGGUGCGAUCGAGAGUGAACUUCAAGUUGAAUCUAGCCAGUGUUCACAUCUAUCGCUGUCGUCGUGCAGUAUGUUAUCCACCACUCGCUUAUCAGCUAGCCGGGCAUCAGCUCAUCAUCUACAAUGUCUUGCUCGCUCAUUAACAACCGACUCCACCACUUCUCAUACUGUCCUCACUCCACCACUCCACAUCUCGAAGCCAGAGACAAACAAGCCUCGUCAGUCACAAUUAUAUCCGCGCCCGCGUCCAGCCGUUCCCCGUCAACGACAAGCACUCCCAACUCUUCCUGCAAGCUUCGGGCGUAACCAAGUUCUACCGGUACCAGACUCCACUCGCGCCCUUCUAGAAGACAUCGUAAGAUCGUUCGAAGCGCCCAUUCGAUAUGCGUUUGCCUAUGGAUCUGGUGUUUUUGAGCAGGCUGGGUAUGAGAAGCAGAAGGAUAAGGAAGAUAGGCCGAUGCUGGACUUCAUAUUCGCGGUCACGCAUUCGGAUCACUGGCACUCAAUUAACAUGCAACAGCAUCCCGGUCAUUAUCCUCUGCAUGCACGCGUACUAGGGUCAUCAUUUGUCUCCAAAACGCAAGAGCUCGGCCCUGGACUUUGGUUCAAUACUUUUGUGCCGGUGAAGGGGGUCAAUAUCAAGUACGGAGUAACGACCGUCGACACGCUAUGUGCUGACCUACUUAACUGGCGCACACUUUAUCUUGCGGGGAGAAUGCACAAGCCUCUACGGAUCAUCAAGGACGACGCACGCGUACGACUGACUCAACAAGUCAACCUCACUUCUGCGCUUCGCACCGCCCUUCUCAUGCUCCCGGAAUCCUUCACCCAACGCGAGCUAUUCUCAGCUAUAGCAGGAAUAAGCUACUCUGGUGACCCCCGAAUGGUGCUACCAGCCGAGAAUCGAGGAAAGGUGGAGAAUAUGGUUUCUCGUCAGGAGGACCAAUUUCGGGAGUUGUAUUGGAGGCUUGCGCAGGGCCUUCCUGGGGUUCGGUGGGCGGCGGGUUCCAAGAGCGUGGAACAGGAUACCAGUCCGCAUGCGAGAGCAGCGCAUCUUAAGAAAUUGCCGGAAGAGCUCUUGAAGCACGUUCAUCAGCGUGCCGAGGGGCGUGGUCCGCCUAGAGAGGCGGAUGAAAGCGCCUAUUGGCUCCGUAUCGCAGGCGACAAGGAGCUUCCCUCGAUUCUUGACUCUGAAAUAACGAAGAUCGUGCGGUACCCAGCAACUGUACAGUCACUAAAGGGCAUAGUAAGCGCUGGCGUGGCUAAGAGUGCACGCUACUCUGUAGCCAAAGUCAGCAAGUGGUGGAAAGGAACCUCUUUUUCGAGUUCGUCAUAGUGCGACGCACAUGCUCAAGGUGACCCAGUGACUAUAAUAGUAUUACCAUAUCUCCCAACUCCUACUCAACGAUAUAGACACUACCCCUCCUUCCAUCCGUCGA